AUGGUCAAAGUCGCAAUUGCUGGUGGUUCCGGGCAGGUCGCUCGAGAAGUCAUCGAUGCUCUACUUGAAUCCAAAAACCAUGAUAUUACCAUUUUGAGCAGAGGUACUGUGCCAUCUAAGGACUUCACAUCGACCCUCGAUUGGCAAAUUGUGGACUACAAUGAUGUGCAAAGCCUCACCACAGCGCUCAACGGUGUUCACACUCUCUUGUCAUUCAUCCAGACCCUGGGAGAUUUCGAACAAAAAGUGCAGAGGAACCUCAUCGAUGCAGCCAUUGAAGCUGGUGUCAAACGGUUUUCGCCCAGCGAGUAUGGAAGCAAAGACACUGUGAAUAUGCCCUGGUCAGGGCAAAAAGAAAUAAUCCGGGAAUAUUUGAGAGAAAUCAACAAGUCGGAGAUCGUUCUUGAGUAUUCUUUAUUCCAGCCGGGUCUGUUUUUGGACUACCUAGCCUAUCCGUACAAAACCAGCAAGUACGUUGACCCGCUACAAACCAUCUUUGACUUCCAGAACAAGCGUGGUAUCGUUGUCGAGGGCCAUGAGGACGCCAUUAUAAACUUUACUUCAGUUAAGGACUUUGCAGCUAUUGUUGCCCGUGCAGUUGACUAUGAAGGAGGCAGAUGGCCGAUUAUUGGAGGGAUCAGAGGCAACAGAUUGACGUUUGCACAAGUUUUGGCCAUCGGAGAGUCUGUGAGAGGACACCCUUUCGCGAUCGAAAAAGUAAAGAUUGAAGAUCUAGAGGCUGGUGAGCUGAAAACUAUUUGGAAUAUUGAAGCCACUCAUCAUGCCGCCUCCAAGGACGAUUCAAUAGAUAUGCACAAAGCUGUAUCUGUUGGUAUCCUCCUGAGUAGUACCAAAGGGGCAUGGGAUUCGUCAGGCGAGAUGAAUCGGCUCUUUCCUGAUUUUAAGUACACUAAAGCUAUAGAGUUUCUAGUAGAGGUGUGGGAAGGACAACCAUGA